AUGUUACGAACUCCACAAGCUCAAUUUCAUAUUAGAUUUCUCAAUUUACGCUGGAUAAUUCCAGCUCAACUGGAUUUCAAAAAUCGCCCAUUUUAUUCUGUUUCAAAGUUUGAAGAGAUUUCACACUCGGAAUUUAACAGUUCUUUUGAUGUUUUUGAUUCAAUGGAUGCUGAUUCAAUUUCUCAUAUUAAUACUUCAUAUGUUUCUAUUCAUAAACAACAUUUAUACUAUGUUAACAUACAGGGAUUAAUGAAACAAGCUAAUCAGAUUGCUUGCAAGUCUUGUGACGAAUUAUUUAUUAGUUUACUUGAAACAUAUAUUGCUAACAAAAAUAAAGAAGCACUUGAAUUUGAACAAUUGAACCAAAAUGUUGAUCAAACAGAUUCAAGUGAAAUUGACCAAGAAAACGUUAAUAAAAUUGGAAAUCCUUUAAUCAGACGUCCUAAAGGAAGGCCAGCAGGAACUGCAAGAUUUAAAGGACCUUUGGAAACCUCUAAUGCUGGUAAUCGAACUCAGAAUAAGUGUGGUUUAUGUAAUAAUGUGGGGCAUAAUCGUGCAACGUGUCCAUCAAAUCCUGGUCGGAAGAAAAGAAGGCAAGAAGUGUGA